GGAGUAAGUCAUGGACCGUGCCCACUUUGGUAUGUAGUCUUCUUGGUCGCAUUCGGCCAUCUGGACGUCUUCUCGUGACUUAUGUCCCACCUCGAGAGCAUCGCUUUGUUCGAUAGCAAACCCCCAAUUACAAUUCCGAAGAAAGAAAUACUAGAGAAGUCCUCUGAAAUGGCAACUCAGACUACCACUACUUCUCAUCCUCCUAGGAAAUUGAUACAAAGCUCCCCAAAGCUUCAUAUCGUCGCUCGAUCUGCUCGUUCCCCCGCCAAAACCUCGAAAGGUAUGCAGGUCGCUGUUGAUUCAGCUAGAUGGUAUCAAGACCUGUCCCUGCCACCCGUUGACCCAAACAAGCCUCUACCACCUAUUCCUUUGAGUAUCCCAAUGUCCCCAGGACACCUAAGGGCACCAUUUCCGGUAUCGUCCUCGUCAAGUAUCUACAGCACCGCCGCGCCAACGACACCGGCCGAAGAAUGGUGGAAGAGACAGGCACAUUCGCCGAAAUCACAGAAGCGGCGCAAUCAUUCCGCAGUCGUCAUAGGGCCUGGCAUGUCAUCUGAGGACGAAGCAGGUUCUGGAACGCGCACGUCAACUCCUCGCCUGUUCGAACCGUUGAUGCCAAGUCCUUCGCCUGAACACGCAACAUUCCUGAGCGGAUCGUCCACACCGUCGUCAGAACGUAGUAAACAGUCCUUUGAUUUGACUCUCGAGGCCCCAGAACCAGCGCCUGCAGAAUCGGUCACUGCCUCGAAUGCUCAGGGAGACGCACAAGCUGAUACAUUGCUCGGCCCCCCUCCUUGGAAAUCGUUGCUUAGGGCGGACUUUGCAACGACUAAAACGGAGACUCCAACUCAGUCCUCUGUACCAGGGCGACGCCGAAGCUUCGUUGCCAGGAUGUCCAGCAUUGCCGACGACCCGGAAGGUGAUGAUGGUGCCUCCUCCAAAAUAACUGACAGGACGUGCCAGACCCGCGAGCACUCUGUCGGUCAUGCAACUAUGGUCGAACGAUAUCGAGAGCUGGUUGUGUCUCCAUCACCGGAAGACUUCAUAAGGCCCAUUGAGACUACCGAGCGGCUUGCCCGCAUGGAAUCCAGUCAAGCCACUCGAGCUAUAGCAGCAGCACAGAACUCAACAGCAUUCCGCUUGAACGCUAGUCAGCCAGUCUUGUUACCAUCUUCAACUUACAAAGGCUCUGAUUCCGAGACAUCUAUGGGUGCUAAAGUACCAAAGAGAUACCCUUCUGCAGGGACCCUAGCGGUACAAAAAGGAAACCGCGAAGCUUCUAAUGUAAGAACAUCUCGACCAGAACAUGGCAAGAAUUACGGUGUUGCAUAUAAAGUGUCGUCACCCUACAGUCCUUUUCAUCCCAAACUUUACCCAUUUUCUAACGGGCAUCGGUCGCUUGAGCAGCUUCAAAUACCAACACUGCGGCAAGGUCGAAGGGGUACUCAGUCUCUCAAACCAGAAAGGCAGAGCAACCCAGCCGAGACUCGACUGGUCAAGAAACGAGGUGCGACUAUGAUUCCCCUGGUACUUCCACGAACUGGUAAACAACUUUCGUCGCCAUUGGCUGCGUCGUUUAGUGUAGGCUCACGUUCACGAACAGCUUUGCCAAAGUUUGUUCCUCGCACACCGGAAUCUCCUCGAUUACCUGUCACCCCUUCCAAUACAAUGCACGACUCCGGGCAGGUCUCCUAUACAUCGGCUCAGAAAGUUGCGAAGCAAAUCAAACGUCGGACGACGAUGAUAUCCAAAUCAGCUGCCAAUACUGUCACCAAAGUACAACGUCAAAUGAGACGUGCUAGCUCCAGUGUUAUGUUUCAUCCAUCCCGCUCCUCAGGCUCACAGCCACUAAUUUCUCGCGAAAACUUCUCGAUCGCGCUCUACAAACCCAGGAAAAAACCGUCUAAGACUUCGUAUGGUCGCACAAAGCCGGCUUCGUCAAGUUCAUUCUCGUCGAGGCAGAAAGAUGAUGAAUACAGCGCCUUCGACAGUUGGCCCACCACUCCAAAGCCAAAAAAGAGCCCAAAGUAUGUUCCGAAUAAAAUGCCGAGGAAAAGCAUUCUAGAAAGAGUUAAAGAUGCGCGACGUCAGAAAGAGCUCAAGAAGAGUAUCAAAGUACUAGGGCUCGUUGAGCCGCACAAGGUUCUUGCGCUGCAGGAUGACCGGGUGUCACCAAAUACGAGUACAGUAAUGGCGCCGAGCCCGGAGUGGCUCUUCUAUCAGACCACUCGAACCAUCAACAGCACUCCGCACAGCUACGACCUACCUCUGACUUCACCUGUCAAGCGCCUGGGAUCCUACAGCGUCACCAGCGUCAGGUCCCGCCAGGUUUCAGCCGUACGGGGCACCUGAGACUUCUUGGAAUCAAGGCUAAGAGCUGCCUUAAAGAACCGAACAGAUAUACAUGAACUAGUACACAAA